CAACAACAAAUCUGAGCGUUGCGCCUCGCGCUUUGUUGUGCUAGGUCCCGUCUGUAGCUGCCCACUUGGUCUUCCCUCCGUAUCUUGCUUGGGUAUGCUCAUGUUCCGAUUCUGGAAUUCGGAUUACAGGGGAAGUGAGAAGACUCUACACGUUGAUCGGCCUAUGCUUGAGUUCGCCAAGUCAGUGCAACCUUGGAUAGCAGCCGAUACUUCGGUUUCCAUAUCAUCACCACGGCCUCUCAAGCGGCGGAGGCAGAGUAACGUUGCGAUAGCGUCCCAAGCCACGACUGGUUCUGCUGUGAAGCGGCCGAGAAGCGAUGAAGGUCUCGCGCCUGAAACCGCAAUCCCUCCGGCGAAGAAGGUAGCGCUAGAGCCGACGGCUGAGCAUGCGGACUCCGCUGCCACGACGUCAGGUCUAGUCGAUGUAGAGAGGGCGAAGGAAGCUAUUGAGGAGCAGUUCAGUCUCGAGAUAUUGCUAAAACACGAUGAACUACGUCUGAUCAACCAAGAAUUGGCCAAAUGCCAGAUCGCUUUAGAGCAGCUGCGCAGGUGUCAUCUAAUCCCGUAUCCGGUCAAUGUUCCCACACCUGAGCAAAUGUUGAAUAUUACCAACGGAUCGGGCUCCUCGUUGCAACCCAAACGAGGUGAGAAGCUGCCUCAGUGGGCGCCGCCUUUUGGUGUCAGCGACGGUCCAUAUGCGCGACACUACGCCAAGUGGCUCAUACCAGAUCCUAAAUUUGACGGUAUUCAACCCGAAUGGUCAGCGCCUACUGAUUCGUGGCGAGUGAGAUCGACGAUAGAAGGCAGGUUGACGAGAAAUAGUCUUGGUGAUGGUAGUGCACAGGGCAAGAGCAGACCAGCUAGGGGCGCUGCGGGCCAGAAGCUCCAGGCGCUCUCUAGUGGUUAUCCUCCGCCAAAGGACAAGACUGGCCCUUGCACUUUGAAGCGAUCCGAUGGCCAGAUGGUGAAACUGGUGUGCAUUGAUUGCCACCGUGAGAACUUCUCAAGUACUCAGGGUUUUAUUAACCAUUGCCGUAUAGCGCAUAAGAGAGAUUUCAAGAGUCAUGAAGAAGCAGCCAUUCACUGCGGACAUCCUAUUGACGUUGCUGAGGUCCCCACUAAACCUGCAGCUAUAGACGAGAAGCCUCCUGUGCCCACUGCUCCUCCUUCUGGACUUGCCCACCCGUUCACACGUGCAGAUGGAAUGUCAGAUUCUGAAGCAUGCUUUUCGGUGGUGCGCCGUAUUCAGCAGUCAUUGGACCUAUAUCGCCAGGGCAAACUGCCUGGUGUCUCAUCCGUCCCUACUUCGUCCGAGGCACCAUCAAAACCUAGUGCCGCAAGCAAACCAAGUGUCGGGUUCUCUCCUUCAACCAAAUCGCCGCAUCUCUCAAGAUUGCUAAAGAUUAGAGGCUUCACUGGCAAUUUAGGUGCAUUCGUCGAUGAUGCUAAGACCAGGAUAGAUUUAGAUCAAUUGUCGUCACCUACUGAUGAUGAGUCGGAAGACCGUGAGAUGUCCACUCCCCGCAUCGGUCCCACGAGUCGUUCUACCUCCUCGCAGGCGACAUCUGGCAUGCGUGUUCCGACGAGAGCUGCUAUGGCCCCUGUAUCUACCACCUCUCGUUCAACCGGUACUAAGAUCACACCGGUGCAUCCUACACCUUACAUCUCUCCAGACCCCACGCCAACUUCACAGUCGGCAACUCGGGCGAGGCCACAGAUUAGCAUGGAUGAAGACAUGCUAGAUAUAACAGAGUUGAGCCCGCACACUGCUGUUAGUAACAAUGCCCCAUCACUCGUUAGUGAUGAUGGUGAAUAUGAUGACUCGGCCGAUUCCGAUUCUGCGUCAGAAAUGGACGAUAGUAUUAGUGCUCAAUCUAUCUCGGAUGUCGAUGAUAUGGACAUUGAUGAUCAAACCGGCGCUCGAACACUACGGCACCAUGGAUCCGCUGGCUCUGGGACUGGAACUAGGGUUAGACUGGGCAAAGGUGGUAGUAAGCAGGUCGAUUUUGUAGGCCCGAUCAAGGAAGAUGAACAUGCAAAGCAGGGCCACAGUGGUAUCGACAUCAAGAGGAUUCUAUGAAGCACUCGACCAAGUCUGAUUGGUGGAAAGCUUAGGCGGUGAAUGAUUUUACGAAGCAGUUUGUACCGGGAGCACCGACUCUCCAGCGUGGCUGACGUCCCCUUGUUGGAUUAGGACUUUCAUACUGCGGU